AACGCACGUUUGGUUUGGUUCAAGCGCCAUUGGAAGUUUGCGCAGGGUUAACUUUACACAUAUUUACCCUUUUUAAAAAAAAAAAGUAAUUGCGAAUAAUAAUACCAUUCUGUUUCAUCGAGUGCUGCUGCUGCUGAGCCAGGUUAGGUGUCACAGCCCGCUUGUGGUCAACCUGAUCCAUCAUGUUUCGUCCUAAACCAACACUGAAGGACCGACAGCACCUCUACAAGCUCAUCAUCAGCCAGUUGCUCUAUGAUGGAUACACAAACAUCGCCAACAGCCUCAUCAAUGAGGUCAAACCACCCAACGUAGUGUCUCCCUCCGAGCAGCUGAUGCAGCUGGCAAAGAUAGGGAUGGAGAAUGACGACAGCGCAGUGCAGUAUGCCAUUGGGCGCUCGGAUACAGUGGCCCCCGGUGUGGGUAUUGACAUGGAAUUCGACGCGGAUGUGCAGACCAUGUCUCCGGAGGCGUCGGAGUACGAAACCUGCUACGUAACGUCCCAUAAGGGCCCAUGCCGGGUCGCUUCAUACAGUCGUGACGGCCAGCUGAUCGCCACUGGCUCUGCGGACGCUUCCAUCAAGAUCCUGGAUACUGAACGCAUGCUGGCCAAGAGUGCCAUGCCUAUUGAGGUGAUGAUGAACGAGACCGCUCAGCAAAACAUGGAGAAUCACCCUGUGAUUCGAACACUGUACGACCACGUGGACGAAGUCACCUGCCUCGCCUUCCAUCCGACUGAACAGAUUCUGGCUUCCGGCUCCAGAGAUUACACCCUCAAACUUUUCGACUACUCAAAGCCCUCUGCAAAACGAGCAUUUAAAUAUAUACAGGAAGCUGAAAUGCUGCGUGCGAUCUCCUUUCACCCAUCGGGCGACUUCCUGCUGGUAGGAACACAGCACCCCACCCUCCGUCUCUACGACAUCAACACCUUCCAGUGCUUUGUGUCCUGCAACCCCCUCGACCAGCACACGGACACCAUCAGUGGGGUCAGCUACAACCACUCCGCCAACAGCUAUGUCAGCUGCAGCAAGGACGGCAGCAUCAAGCUGUGGGAUGGUGUCUCCAACCGCUGCGUUACCACCUUCGACAAGGCCCACGAUGGGGCGGAGGUCUGCUCUGCCGUCUUCUCCAAGAACUCCAAGUACAUUCUGUCCAGUGGCAAAGAUUCAGUGGUCAAACUAUGGGAGAUCUCUACAGGCCGCACACUGGUCAAGUACACAGGUGCCGGGCUGAGCGGCCGACAGAUGCAUCGCACACAGGGUGUGUUUAACCACACGGAGGACUACGUGCUGCUGCCAGACGAGCGCACCAUCAGCCUGUGCUGCUGGGACUCGCGCACAGCAGAGAGGAAAAACUUGCUGUCUCUGGGACACAACAACAUCGUCCGCUGCAUCGUCCACUCGCCCACCAAUCCCGGCUUCAUGACCUGCAGCGACGACUUCAGGGCCCGCUUCUGGUACCGGCGCACCACCACAGACUGAGACACAUCCACAUCCCCGUGUUUCCUUUGAUUCUUCUGCCUCAACUCCUCUCGCCAAAAACCAAACAGGAUGCUGGACUUAGGUCUCCAAUGACCUCAGAUAACUUGCCAUUUUCUUCUAAAAUGUCAUUCAAUGUUUGGUUUUUUUUUCAAUUUAGAUUCCUGCUUUGGAAUUUGUGGGACAGUACCUCGGUCACACACUACUUCAUCUCAUCUCUCAAAGAGCGUGGGCACUAUUUCUACUUUUUUUUUGAUAACAGAUCUUUGUGACUUUGUGACACAUUGAAAGUUUAUCGUCUUCAAUUGAGACUCUUCGAAUUUCAAACUUCUUUUACUGCCUGGACACUUCAGUUGUAACUCUUCUCACAUCUCAUAUUUCUCAGUAGUACGUUCUAAGAGACACCAGAGAUGGAUUGUUGUCUUUUUUCACUUUUAUAUUUUGUCUAUGUCCU